AUGUCUCCCCAUUUUGAACACAGACCAGAUCUUUUUGGUUGUGCACUGGCUCAUGUUGGUGUUAUGGACAUGUUACGGUUCCACAAAUUCACUAUAGGUCAUGCUUGGACCACAAAAUUUGGCUGUUCUGACAAGGAGGAAGAAUUUCAUUGGAUAAUCAAGUACUCGCCGUUGCAUAAUGUCCGGAGACCAUGGGAGCAACAUCCAAAUAAGUCAAUUCAGUAUCCAUCAACAAUGCUAUUGACAGCUGAUCAUGAUGAUCGUGUUGUGCCAUUGCAUUCAUUGAAGCUAUUGGCGACUUUGCAGCAUGUCCUUGUCACUAGCCUUGAUAAAAGCCCUCAGACAAACCCUAUAAUUGCUCGAAUUGAAUGCAACGCCGGACAUGGAGCUGGGCAUCCCACACAGAAAAUUAUUGAUGAAGCUGCUGACCGGUACGGAUUUAUGGCAAAGAUGUUAGAGGCUCAUUGGAUUGAGUAG